GUUUGCUUUAUGACACGCUACCCACAGGACUACACAUACACUUGUGAACAGGUGGACUAACAUACGCAUGUGACAGAAGAUUAAAGGUUAACUGAUACAUUAACAAGAAUGUUUUCCAGAAACAAAACUAACCAGCUAACCAGAAAAAUCGUCAUUUUAUUGUGCUUCUUGACUGCAUUGGCACCAACUGCUACCAGUGCCACUGUUACUUCAGACACAACAGAACCUGCCACAUUGGAUACUGAAGAGUUGACAACUACUGGGGAUACCUCUGUAUCAACUGGAACCAACAUUCCUGCAACAACUCCAACUGAAGACGAAAACACCAUGGAUAUAGUAACCACAGACAAUACAACACCACUGACUAAUGAUGCUAGUGUGUCAGAAUCCACAACAUCCUUUUCUACAGAUAUCUCCUCUACAACACGAAAUGAAGACACUACUACAACAGUAACUGAGAAGAACAGUACCACAGAAACUGAAGGUACUACUGCAAGUGUGUCUCAAACUUCAGUUCCAGACACCUCAACUUCAACAGAAGUAAAAGACUUUGAGAAACAUAUUACAUCAGUAACUAAAAUCAUAACUGGUGUAGCUGAAUCGCUAUCUUCACCCUUCACAAAUACUCCAACUUCAGCAGAAGCCAAACACUCAACAACACCAGUCACCGAUGACCAUCCUACAUCAGUAAUUGCAAUCACAACAACAGAUAUAUCUGAAUCUCCAACUUCAGCCUUCACAGAUACUCCAGAAACUGAAGGCUCAACAACAGCAGUCACUGAGGACCAAACUACAUCAGUAACUGAGAUCACAACAACAGGGGAAUUGGAAUCCCCAACUCCAGCCUUCACAGAUACCCCAACUUCAACAGAAGCUGAACACUCGACAACAGUAAGCACUGAGGACCAUUCUACAUCAGUAACUGACAUCAGAACAACACGGGAUUUGGAAUCCCCAACUUCAGCCUUCACAGAUACCAUAACUUUAACAGAAGCUGAAAGCUCCACAACACCAGUCAUCAAGGAUCAUUCUACACCAGUAAUUGACAUCACAACAACACGGGAAUUGGAAUCCCCAAAAUCAGCCUUCACAGUUAUCACAACUUCAACAGAAGCUGAAAGCUCCACAACACCAGUCAUCAAGGAUCAUUCUACAUCAGUAACUAAAAUCACAACAGCUGGUAUAUCAGAAUCACCAAAUUCAGCAUUCACAGAUGCUCCAACUUUACCAGAAAUUGAAGUUUCAACAACACCAGUCACUGAGGACCAUAAUACAUCAUUAACUGAAAUCAUAACAACUGGGGAAUCGGAAUCUACAACUUCGGCCUUCACAGAUACCCCAACUUCAUCAAAAACUGAACACUCAACAACAGCAAUUACUGAAGUACAAACUACAUCAGUAACUAAAAUCAGAACAACAGAUAUAGCAGAAUCUCCAGCUUCAACCUUCACAAAUACUCCAACUUCAGCAGAAGCCAAACACUCAACAACACCAGUCACUGAUGACCAUCCUACAUCAGUAUUUGAAAUCACAACAACAGAUAUAUCUGAAUCUCCAACUUCAGCCUUCACAGAUACUCCAGAAACUGAAGGCUCAACAACAGCAGUCACUGAGGACCAAACUACAUCAGUAACUGAGAUCACAACAACAGGGGAAUUGGAAUCCCCAACUCCAGCCUUCACAGAUACCCCAACUUCAACAGAAGCUGAACACUCAACAACACCAGUCAUCAAGGAUCAUUCUACAUCAGUAACUAAAAUCACAACAACUGGUAUAUCAGAAUCACCAAAUUCAGCAUUCACAGAUGCUCCAACUUUACCAGAAAUUGAAGUCUCAACAACACCAGUCACUGAGGACCAUAAUACAUCAGUAACUGAAAUCAUAACAACUGGGGAAUCGGAAUCUCCAACUUCGGCCUUCACAGAUACCCCAACUUCAACAGAAAUUGAAGUCUCAACAAUACCAGUCACUGAGGAACAUACUACAUCAGCAACUAAAAUCACAACAACAGGGGUAUCUGAAUCUCCAACUUCAACCUUCACAGAUACCCCAAAUUCAACCGAAGCUGAACACUCGACAAUAGCAUGCACUGAGGACCAUUCUACAUCAGUAAUUUACAACACAACAACAGAUAUAUUGGAAUCCUCAACUUCAGUCUUCACAAAUACUCGAACUUUACCAGAAAUUGAAGGUUCAACAACAGCAGUCACUGAAGGCCAAACAAUUUCAGUACCUGAAAUCACAACAACAGAAGUGUCUGAAUCUCCAACUUCAGCUUCCAAAGAUACUCCAACUUCAACAGAAGUUCAAAACUCAACAACACCAGUCAAAAAUACUUCAGUACCUGAAAUCACAACAACAGAGGGGCCAUUAACUUCAACCUUCACAGAUAGCACAAAUUCAACAGAAGCUGAACACUCAACAGCACCAGUCACAGAAAACCAUACUGCAUCAGUAACUGAAAUCCCAACAGCAGGAAUAUCCGAGUCCCCAACCAGGGAAUCAAAAUCCCCAACUUCAGCCUUUAAAGAUACUAAUACACAUUUUGCUAUCACUACUUCCCCCGCUGAAGGAGAAGGAACCUCUGCCACCACUACAGGCACCACUGCCUCUGAAACCACUACAGCCACCACUGCCUCUGAAACCACUACAGGCACCUCUGCCUCUGAAACCACUACAGGCACCACUGCCUUUGCCACCACUUCAGCCACAACUGGCUCUGACUCCACUACAGCCACCACUGGCUCUGCCACCAAUACAGCCACCACUGCCUCUGAAACCACUACAGUCACCACUGCCUCUGAAACCACUACAGCCACCACUGACUCUGAAACCACUACAGGCACCUCUGCCUCUGAAACCACUACAGGCACCACUGCCUUUGCCACCACUUCAGCCACAACUGGCUCUGUCUCCACUACAGCCACCACUGCCUCUGAAACCACUACAGCCACCACUGCCACUGAAACCACCACAGGCACCUCUGCCUCUGAAACCACUACAGCCACCACUGCCUCUGAAACCACUUCAGCCACAACUGGCUCUGACUCCACUACAGCCACCACUAUCUCUGCCACCAUUAGAACCACCACUCCCACUGAAACCACUACAGGCACCUCUGCCUCUGAAACCACUACAGGCACCACUGCCUUUGCCACCACUUCAGCCACAACUGGCUCUGUCUCCACUACAGCCACCACUGUCUCUGCCACCACUACAGCCACCACUGCCUCUGCCACCAUUAGAACCACCACUGCCUCUGAAACCACUACAGGCACCACUGCCUUUGCCACCACUUCAGCCACAACUGGCUCUGUCUCCACUACAGCCACCACUGCCUCUGAAACCACUACAGGCACCUCUGCCUCUGAAACCACUACAGGCACCACUGCCUUUGCCACCACUUCAGCCACAACUGGCUCUGUCUCCACUACAGCCACCACUGUCUCUGCCACCAUUAGAGCCACCACUGUCUCUGCCACCACUACAGCCACCACUGCCUCUGCCACCACUACAGCCACCAGCAGACAUAAUUCUGUUACCUUUGCUACCACAGCCAACAGUACCCAUUUUGCUGUCCCCACUGCCACAAUUGCAGUUAUCACUUCAUCAGUUUCUGUCACCAAUUCUACCACAAAAGUGAGCAAUACAUCUGCUGCUGUCACCACUGCCACCCCUCCAAGUACAACCGCUCCAACAACAACCAGCACAACUUCCACAACCACUCGAAGAAUAACAACCACUCCAAUUGCAACAACCACUUCAACAAAAACCAUCCCGACUACAACAAUGAAAACUACUCCAACAAGAACCACAACUCCAACAGCAACCAGUACAACCUCCACAACCACUCAAAGAACAGCAACCAAUACAACUUCCACAACCACUCGAAGAACAACCACUCCAAUUCCAAUAAUAACAAAAUCCACUACAACAAUCAAAACAUCUCCAACAACCAAUACAACCUCCACAACCACUCAAACAGCAGCCAAUACAACCUCCACAACCACUCGAAGAACAACGACUCCAAUUCCAAUAACAACAAAAUCCACUACAACAAUCAGAACAUAUCCAACAACCAGUACAACCUCCACAACCACUCAAAGAACAGCAACUAAUACAACCUCCACAACCACUCAAAGAACAACAACCACUCCAAUUCCAACAACAAAAUCCAUUACAACAAUCAGAACAUCUCCAACAACCAGUACAACCUCCACAACCACUCAAAGAACAGCAACCAAUACAACCUCCACAACCACUCAAAGAACAACAACCACUCCAAUUCCAACAACAAAAUCCACUACAACAAUCGGAACAUCUCCAACAACCAGUACAACCACUCAAAGAACAGCAACCAAUACAACAUCCACAACCACUCAAAGAACAACAACCACUCCAAUUCCAACAACAAAAUCCACUACAACAAUCAGAACUUCUCCAACAACCAGUACAACCUCUACAACCACUCAAAGAAUAGCAACCAAUACAACCUCCACAACCACUCGAAGAACAACCACUCCAAUAACAACAAAAUCCACAACAACAACAAAUACCACAACUCCAACAACAACCAGUACAACCUCCACAACCAUUCGAAGAACAACAAGUACAACAAUCUCUACCACCAGUAGCACCACAAAACUCUCUCCAAGCACAACUUCUGCUGCUGGCAUUGCCAUUGUGGAUAUGCAAUUUUCUUCCACUGACACAUUUGUCCCUGAACUUUUGGACCCCACUUCACAGACUUACGUCAAUAGAGUAAACCUGAUCAAGACACUGAUGGAGCCCAUUUUUAGGAAAGCUUUCAGGUCUUUCUUGAGGUUGAUCGUGUUAUAUUUCAGGGCUGGAUCAAUCGUAACCGGGAUGCAACUGGAAUUCAAUGCUACUAAUGCAACUGUACCCAGUGGUCAACAAGCAGGACAAGUAUUGAUAAAUGCAGUGUCAAGUUCACAACUACCUGGACUAAACAUUAACGUCAACAGCAUUAUAGUUAAUGGUACAGUUAUCUCUGCCACCACUACAGCCAGCAGUACACCUGUUUCUGGGACCUCUGCCACCACUACAGCCAGCAGUACACCUGUUUCUGUCACCUCUGCCACCACUAAAGCCAGCAGUACACCUGUUUCUGUCACCUCUGCCACCACUAAAGCCAGCAGUACACCUGUUUCUGUCACCUCUCCCACCACUAAAGCCAGCAGUACAUCUGUCUCUGGGACCUCUGCCACCACUAAAGCCAGCAGUACACCUGUUUCUGUCACCUCUGCCACCACUAAAGCCAGCAGUACACCUGUCUCUGGGACCUCUGCCACCACUAAAACCACCAACACACAAAAUUCUGUCAGCUCUGCCACCACUAAAGCCAGCAGCAAAUCUGCUGCUGUCACCUCAGUCACCAUUCGAACAACACCCACUUCGACUAUAUCAAGCACUCCAACCACAACAAACACAGUAACCACACCAACAUCAAAAACCACUCUGACUACAACAACCUCUACAACCACUUCAACAACAACCAGAAAAACCACUCUGAUUACAAAAACCUCCACAACCACAACAACUUCUGCUGCUGGCAUUGCCAUUGCGGAUAUGCAGUUUUCUUCCACUGACACAUUUGUCCCUGAACUUUCGGACCACACCUCACAGACUUACAUCAAUAGAGUAAACCUGAUCAAGACACUGAUGGAGCCCAUUUUUAGGAAAGUUUUCGGGUCUUUCUUGAGGUUGAUCGUGUUAUAUUUCAGGGCUGGAUCAAUCGUAACCGGGAUGCAACUGGAAUUCAAUGCUACUAAUGGAACUGUACCCAGCGGUCAAAAAAUAGGACAAGUAUUGAUAAAUGCAGUAUCAAAUUCACAACUACCUGGACUAAACAUUAACAUCAGCAGCAUUAUAGUUAAUGGUACAGCAAUUUCCAGCUCCAGCACCAUCAGCAAAGCCAGUGUCUUCACUGCUUCCUGUUUAGCAUCACUGUCACUACUGUUGCACAAGUUGCUGAACUGAAAUUCUAUUACAUUUGUGGAGAAGCGGGCAAGACGAUCAAAUGACUGUGCCAUGACAUUGAGCCAAAUAUAUAAUUUGCCUAGAAUGAUUGAAGAUGUAAAAAGUCAGAACAAUAGAGUUCUUAGUAACACUUUAUAUUAAAGUCUGCUCUUUAACAGUAAAUUAACUAUAAUUUAACACUUAAUAUGCUAGUAAAUGGUUACAUAUUGUUUAUGAGCACACUUGCAAAUAGUUUACAAAGGUUUGUGAAGCAUACAAAUGAAUUCUUAAUAGUAUACAUAUGAAUGUUUGCUUAAUGUUAAGCACACUUAGAAAAGGUUUACAAAUGUUUGUAAGGCAGGUUACUGUGUUCUUAAUAACAUGCUUAUGAAUGAUUAGUUACUGUUUAUACACACACUUGCAAAUGGUUUACAAAUGUUUAUAAGGCAGGGUGAUGGGUUCUUAAUAAUAUGCUUACGAAUGAAUGAACUGUUACUAAUCAGCUAAUACUGUGCUAGUUACUUGAAAAUAAAGCAAAAUCUCAGAAAA